AUGCCCGCCAAGAACACCGUUUCAUGGAACAGCAUCGUCACCGCCUACGCAUCCAACGGCUACCUGGAAGAUGCCGAGAAUCUCUUUGCCCAGAUGCCCUACAAGGACAUAGUCUCCUGGAACACCAUGCUCGUGGCAUAUGCCCAGAGUGGGCAUCUUCUAGAUGCCGAGGAUCUCUUUCAGAGAGCGCCACAAAAGGACGUUGUGACGUGGAUGACCAUGAUUCGCGCCUACAGUUAUUUUGGCGCGCUUGGAAGGGCUGUCCAAACGUUUGAGCAAAUGCCCGAAAUUAUUGGGUCGAAUAUUCUUGCGGUAACUGCGCUGGUUGAGGCAUAUGCCCGCAAUGGGCAUAUGCUUGAGGCGAGAUCCCUGUACGAAGCUGUGGCCCAUUUUGAUCUAGUGCUAUGGACCAUUAUGGUGGCUGGGUACGGAGACGCUGGUGACGUACUUCAGGCAAAAGGAAUCUUUGACAACAUGGAGUAUAGGAAUGUAGUGGCGUGGACCGCUAUGGUGAGAGCAUAUGCCCAAAAUGGGCAUCUAGAAAAUGCUGUUCUCCUUUUCGAUAAUAUGCCGCAUUGGGAUGUGGUAUCACAGAACUGCAUGAUCACGGCGCACGUACAGCAUGGACGGCUGGACGAAGCAAGGAAUCUAUUCAAGGCCAUACCUUAUAGGAAUCUUUCCACGUGGAACACGAUGAUACAGAUUUAUACGCAGUACGGGUAUCUAGACGAAGCGAAGACUGUAUUUAACAAAAUGCCCGAGAGAAGCUUGAUUACAUGGACGUGUAUGCUCUUGGGGUUUGCGCAGUGCAGCCAAUUGGAGAAUGCCAGGUGGAUGUUUGAUAUAAUGCCCAGUAGGGAUCUUAUAGCAUGGAACGCAAUAGUAACCGUCUAUGCCCGGCAAGGGUAUGUGGAAGAUUCGCGAGAUCUAUUUGAUAGAAUGCCUCACUACGAUUCCGUGGCAUGUGUUGCCAUGAUCGGCGCAUAUUCCUUGGACAGGAAUCUCGCUGAAGCAAAACAUGUGUUCGAUGCCAUGAGCUACAAAGACAUAAGAGCCUGGAGUGCCAUUGUCGCAGCAUAUUCCCAGAACGGGCAUCUUUCCUACUCGAAGAAACUCUUUGACGAGAUCCCUGAACCAAAUGUUUAUUCGUGGACGACGCUUUUGCAAGGAUAUGCCGAGAAUGGUUGCGAGGAGGUUGCGAUUGAGCUGUUCCAGGAGAUGGAUCUCAGUGGUGUGGAGCCGGACGAGGUAACUUUCCUCGGCCUUCUCACAGCGCUCUGUCAAGUCGGGAAGCUAGAGGAUUGCUUGAUCCAGUUUGCAUCGAUGAGCGAGCGAGGAUUGAGACCAAGCUCGGAGCACUACUGUUGCAUGGUCGACGCUCUCGGGCGGUCUGGACAAGUUGGAGAAGCCGAGAGAAUCAUAAACUUAUUGAAAAGAUCACCCGAUAGUGGAGCUGUUGAAGGUCGUGACGCAGCCUGGUUUACUUUGCUUGGAGCCUGUAGAAGCCAAGGGGACGUUCAUCUCGGGGCCCGUGCUGCCGCAAACGCGACGUCUUAUAAGAACCACCAGAAGCUUUACAGGCUUCUCCACAACCUCUAUGCGGGAUCUUAG